AAUAUAUCCGACCAGGUAAUCCACCAUUGUUUUGAAUUUUGAUUGGACGAAAAAGAUUGAUCACCAUUGUCAUUGAUCACCAUUCUCUCACCAACCUUCACAAUCUGGGUUCAUCACGACGAAAAAUCACAAAUCUUCCGAUUCUCUGAAUUGAUCUCGCUGAUCACCUGAUUCUCCUAUUACGCUCCAAACCAAUCAAUUUGAAUACAUCCUAGGGUUUCUCAAAAUCUCCAAUUCGUUUGCAAACCCUAAGCCCCUUUUCUUGUCCAGCGAGGCCAUUGGGGUUCAUGGUUGGUUGCUAACAACACGUUUGAAAAGAUGAGUGCUGUGAAUUUUCUCUGCAGCUCGAAAAACCCUAAAUUCCGAGGGAUUUUCAACGGACUCUGUGCUUUGAUUCUAUUCGUCUUCUUCUUCGAUCGAAGCGAGAUUCUCAAGAACCCUCUGUUAAAGAACGCAUCUUUCGUCUCCAAAGGCAAAUCCAACGACAAUGGUUUCACUGUCACCCAAUUCACGUUGGUUCGUCGACAUAUGAUCGAAGAAGAUGUUUCGAAGUUGAUCAAAGGGUUCGGUAACGACAGCUUGAGCAGCAGCACUAGCACUGUCUUAUGCUCCGGUUUGCAUAACCACAUCGGUUACGCUGAUCAAUGCGGCUUCUUAAAAGCCAACCCAUCUUGCUCACCCGACGGGUUCUUCGACUACCUCACCUUCUUUUACUGUUCCUGCAGAGAUUUCAAGAUCUUGGGUUACAUGAUCCUCGGUGUUUGGCUCGUUGCCUUGUUUUAUCUCUUGGGCAACACCGCUGCUGAUUACUUUUGUUGUUCCCUUGAGAAGCUCUCUAAGCUUCUGAGGCUGCCUCCUACUCUCGCUGGUGUUACUCUGCUUCCUCUCGGGAACGGAGCGCCCGAUGUGUUCGCGAGUAUAGCUGCUUUCGUUGGUUCGGACAAAGGAGAAGUCGGUCUCAACAGCGUCCUAGGCGGUGCUGUUUUCGUUACUUCCGUUGUUGUUGGGAUUGUUUCGCUUUGCGUUGCGGAUAUGGAGGUCAAGCUUGAUAAGAAGUGUUUUAUCAGAGACUUGAGUUUCUUCCUUUUCACGCUUGUGUCUCUGAUGGUGAUUCUGAUGGUUGGGGAGGUGACGGUGCGGAUCGCUGUUGCGUUUGUUUCGAUAUAUGUUGUUUAUGCUUUCCUCGUGGCGGCGAAUGUGAUUCUGAGAAAGCAUGCUAAGAGGUUUAGGAUAGAGGCUAUUACUCCUUUGUUACCGAUGCAAGGAAGCGUUUUCUCCCCGAGCGUUGGAGAGGAUGUUCCGAUUCAUAGCCCCUUGAUUGAGAGUGACUCCGAGGAUGGUCCGCCUAGGCUACUGAACUCUCUUCCUCAGUGGAUGUGGGCUUCGAAUGUGGCUAUCUAUUCGAACCAUUUCGCGAGAGGUAGUAGUGUGCAAGAUGAUGACAGGUCACCUUGGGGAUGGAUUGAAGACAGUGCAGAAGCUGAGAGCUCGUUAUGUAAUAAAUUCACUUCUUUAAUGGAAAUCCCGCUGACGGUUCCAAGGAAGUUAACGAUUCCGUCGGUGGAGGAAGAUACAUGGUCAAAGACAUACGCUGUGGCCAGCGUUACGUUAGCGCCUCUGCUUCUGGCGUCUCUCUGGAGUAGCCAAGAGAAGGUGAGUCCACAAGCUUGUGGUGUGGUUUACUUUAUCAGCCUUGCUAUUGGCUCCACUCUUGGCUUAUUUGCUUACAAAAACACGGAACCGGACCACCCGCCGAGAAGGUUCUUGAUCCCUUGGGUUCUCGGUGGGUUUAUCAUGAGCAUUGUAUGGUUCUACAUGAUUGCAAAUGAACUCGUUGCUCUCCUUGUGACCUUUGGUGAGAUCUACGGAAUCAACCCGUCGAUACUUGCGUUAACAGUUCUUGCUUGGGGAAACUCGAUGGGUGACUUAGUGUCAAACAUCGCAUUGUCGAUGAACGGUGGGGAUGAUGGUGUACAAAUCGCUCUGUCGGGAUGCUAUGCAGGUCCAAUGUUCAACACACUGGUCGGACUCGGUAUGUCAAUGCUUCUCGGCGCAUGGUCCAAGAGUCCUGACGCAUACAGGGUCCCGGAAGACAAAAGCCUGUUCUACACACUUGGGUUUCUCGUGCUAGGUUUGGUUUGGGCUUUGGUUAUACUCCCGCGUAACAAUAUGCAACCUAACAAAACCUUAGGUAUUGGACUCAUUGCUUUGUAUCUCAUAUUCGUCACUUUCAGGCUCAGUUGCGCCAUGGGAUUUAUACCAUCGGCUGCUUAGAAGCUAUAUAGUAACCAUGUUUCUACCUUAACUAAAACAACUAAUCAGAGGCUGUUACUGUUUGUAAUAUCAAAACUUGUAAUGAUGAUGA